GCCCGAGUGUCUGCCGGAGACCAGCCUCUGUCCUCGGUCACCACGGCCUCACCAGCUCCUCCUGAACCAGGUGCGUGUUUCUGCGGUCGGUUCCGACGAUGCGGGACGUUCACCUGGACAACCACACCUGCGGGGACGGGUCUCUGCUCAGGUUCUGGUGCGGCUCUCAGUCUGCAGUUUGUUCUUUCUCUGGAGGCAGCAACAACACAGAUGUGCAGACAGAUGUUACCUACAACCCCUGGCUGGGUCUGACUCUGGCCCUGCUGUCGGCCUUCCUGAUUGGCGGGAGCGUCAUUCUGAAGAAGAAAGCUCUCCUCCGAUUGGCCAGCAGCGGUCACACCAGAGCAGGUGACGGAGGUCACAGCUACCUGAAGGACUGGUUGUGGUGGAGCGGCCUGUUGACCAUGGGAGCUGGAGAGGUCUGUAACUUCGCCGCCUACAUGUUUGCUCCGGCCACGCUGGUGACGCCGCUGGGCGCUCUGAGCGUCCUCAUCAGUGCCAUCCUGUCCUCCUACCUGCUGGGGGAGGUGUUGAACGUCGUGGGGAAGCUCGGCUGUCUGCUGUGCGUGCUGGGAAGCGUCCUGCUGGUCAUCCACGCCCCACAGGAACAGGAAGUAACAUCACUUCAGGAAAUGACCAACAAGCUGCUGGAGCCCGGUUUCCUGGUGUACGCGUCGGCCGUGUUGCUGCUGUGUGCGCUGCUCGUCUUGUACUUCUCUCCUCGGGUCGGUCGCUCCAACAUCUUCGUCUACGUCAGCAUCUGCUCGCUGCUCGGAGCGUUCACCGUCUCCUCCGUGAAGGGCCUCGCCAUCGCCAUCAACACCGUGCUUCAUGAUGUUUCCGUCCUUGCUGAUCCUCUCACAUGGAUCCUGCUGUUCACGCUCAUCGUCUCCAUAGUAACACAGGUGAACUACCUGAACAAGUCUCUGGACACCUUCAACACUCUGCUGGUCUACCCGGUCUACUACGUCCUCUUCACCACCGUGGUUCUGUCCACCUCCAUCGUCCUCUUCCAGGAGUGGAGGAGCAUGGUGGCCGUGGACGUGGUCACGACGCUGGGCGCCUUCCUGGUCAUCGUGGUGGGCGUGGCCAUGCUGCACCUGUUCAGAGAGAUGCAGAUGACGAUGCAGCAGCUGACCAAUCAGCUGUCUCAGCCGGUGGAGAGGGAGGAGCUUGCAGAGGAGGUUUCAGCCAAUGGACAAGCUGGGGGAGGACGAGUAGGAGGAAGAGCAGCAGCAGGAGGAGGAGGAGGAGGCAGCAAUAAAAAAGAGGAUAAAUACGGACUGAUGGACAACAUGAUGAUAGAGAGUCUUCCUCCUAUGAGAGACGAAGGGCCGAGAGUCUUCAUCAUCAGCUGAAGAAGAACGGGGCUCAGGUUUGUGCUUCCUGUCUGGACUUUGUAGUCCUCCCUCUGACUGAUACAUGAAUAAUAAAAGGUUCCAGUUCUUCAUUAAACACACAGACCACUUUAACCAGAACAAAGCAAACACUGAUCACUUCAGCCUCCAGCUGGAGGGUAACGCUCAACAUGUCAAAUAAUCAAAGAGGGUUUAAGAGUGAUGAAGGACGCUUGAGACACUUUAAAGCAAAGUUUGAUACUGAAAAGGAGAUUAAUGCAGAAGAGUCAGAGAUGCAAAACUAUUACAGAGAGAACUUAUAUGAAUACAAAUGCACACAAACCACUACAAAGAUGCAAAGGGACUACAAAGAGACAACAAAACAAAGAUACGUAAAACAACCACAAAGGGAUGUGAGAUGACUACAAAGAGAAUUUAAAAAAAAGUGAGACACAAAAGAACCAUGAAGAGACAUUAAACUACUACAAAUACACAUAAGAAUACUUCCAAGAGACACAAAAUGAUUAUUAUGACACAGAAAACAGACAAAGAGAGACUUUUAACAUCUACGAAGAGAAUUAAAAUAACCACAAAGAAACGUAAGAUGUUUGUUGUGAACAAAAAUGUUUCCAACAUUUAGAAUGACAAGUGUAAACGAUUAGGAAAAUAAUCCGAUUAUUUAAUGUUUUCCUCUUGAAGCUGGUGAGAGAUUUGUUCAAUAAUAAAAGAAAAUAUAUUAUAAAGACUUUAAUUUCCCCGAACAACCAUCAACCUUAAUAACCAGCUGCCAAAACAUGAGUAUUUUAUUAAUCCAGGUUUUAAUAAAUAAAGUUGGUGUUUUUAAAUUUCUCUUAUUGUCCACAAAUCUCACAAAAGAACAAAACCGACUAACUGUCUCUCAACAUGUUUCUAUAAACAAUAAUAAUCUUCUGAUGACGUGGAGCUUUGUGUGUUUUUACAGUAGCGGUGAUGAAGAGAUGAAACCUGAAACUGAACAGGGAUCAGUUUUAAAUAAAUAAUAAGCUGCAGUAUGUUCAGGUCAAACACUGGGCAGCGUGUCACAUGAGAGUAGAAUAAAUACACAGAACAUAUGGAUUCAUUAAUGAACUUCAUCACCGGCCUCACAGUAACAGAAACAGAAACAUUAACCGCUCUAAACAUUCAUCCAUUGUUCUUUUUGAUCGUUUCAUGGAUUUGUGGAAAAAUACAGAAAAACACCGAAUUUAUUCUUUACAGAAAUAAUAAAUAAAACUAAGAGGC